UUACAAGUCUGCCUUAUAGCCUCAUGGAUGCUUAGUUUAAUCAAGUUCGUCCUAGGCUACGGUUCAAGUCACUGACAGAAGAUGUUUUUGAAGCUAUUCACGCUCAGUGUAGUUUUCGCGCUUCUUUUCACCACAGCAAACACGUCAAAUGUUAGACGAGUGAAACGUAUAGUUGGCGGUAAAGCUGCCCCACCGCCGACUCCCGAUGAUCCGGUUGUGUUUAGCCGGAAGUUCAAUCGUGCCGCUCGAGUUGAAGGUUUCCGUAACAAAGACACCGGAAUUUACUCAUUCCUCGGAAUACGUUAUGCCGAUCCACCGGUGGGAAUGAAUCGCUUUGCAAGGCCAAGAUAUCGCCGUUUAGAAGGAGACCUUAAUGCCACUGCUUUUGGCGCACCCUGUCCUCAGCCACAUCCUCGGAAUCCAAACCUUGUAGUCGGCAAGGAAGAUUGUCUUCUUUUGAAUGUCUACACUCCACAAAUGCCCGAUGAGACUACCGGCCUUCCCGUCUAUUUGUGGAUUCACCCGGGAGGUUUUCGCUAUGGCUCUGCAGCUCAAUAUGACGCCAUGCCUCUGGCCCAAGGGAAGGUUAUUUUCGUUCCGGUUCAGUACAGGCUGGGGACUUUGGGGAUAAUUGGUGAUGGAUCGAAGGAAUUCGAUGGAAAUUUGGCAAUGUUCGAUAUGGCUGCUGCCCUGAGAUGGGUCACAGACUAUAUUUCGUUUUUCGGUGGAGAUCCAAAGCAGAUAAAGGUUAUUGGGCAUGGAUCUGGAGCAACUAGUGCAAUGUAUCUAUCGAUGUCUCGCUUGCCAAAGAGUGGAUCGAUCAGUGGUGUAGUGGCGAUGUCGGGAUCUGCUUUAUCUGAAUACGCUGAAGAUAAGGAACCAGUUCAAUCAGUCGAAGAGAUAGCCCAUAUAAACGGUUGCUCAACUUCAAAUGAAACUGAAAUUGUUGAAUGUUUGAGGGGUAAAAGUGUAGAAGACAUUGUGAUGAAAGACUCCGAGGUUCAAGCCGAACGACUUUACGGCCGUGCAAUGAUCAAGGGUCUUUCGGGAAGUGUUGGAUUCAGUCCACAUGUUGAACAAGCUGAUGACGGGAGAGGUCUUCCGGGACUUAUCACUGUUCAUCCAAGAAGUUCUAUAGAGAGUGGAAAUUUCUCAAAUAUCCCACUUCUGAUUGGUGUAGCUAAGCAAGAAACUGGAAACGCUAUAACUCCGAAGACUAUCAAUGAAGGAUGGGGAUCGGCUAACGAUCUUUUGAAUUCUCUGGUAGAACCUUUGGAUGGUUUGAAGGGAUUUCUGAGAGUUGAUAAUAUUACUGGAGUUGUAACCAAUACGGUAUUGCCAGGAGUAGAGGGCUUGAGCUUGGGGUUGAAUGAUAUUCUUAAUGUUCCAGAAUCCCUCAAUCCUCUACAGAUUCUUUCAAAGGUCAUUGAAUCAACGACUGAUGCUUUAUUCAACUUACCAGCAGUUCUAACUGCUCAAACCUGGGGAAAAACUGCAUCAGCAUUCCUCUACAGCUUCGAGUACAAAGGAUCAACAUCUAAGGGCAUCAAUUUUCUACGUGGGCUUCCCAUAGUUUCCGGCACUGACGAUCCAGAAAAAGAAGAAGACUUUGUCGCUCAUGGAGAUGAGCUUGGCUACAUGUUUGAUGCCAAUGACAUUGAAGGGAAUCCAUUGCCAGAGGCUCGUCUCACCAAACCAGAGGAUCUGAAAGUUCGACAGAAUUUAGUUUCGUUGCUUGUGAACUUUGCAAAUCCCAAGCGAACCGAAGGAAACUUAAAUAGUCUCUUCCGAAGUGUAAGCUCAGGUGGAAAGGGUAUGCCUUUUAUAAAAAUCGACUCAAAAUUGGAAUUUUCAAGUGAUUUUCGAGCUUGUGAAAUGUUGACGUGGGGUGUUCAGUUAACACCAUCAAUUUCAUGCAAAGGCUUUGCUGACUCCUUGGGAUCGGUGACAAGUAUUGUCAAUAAUGUCACCAAUGUUCUGACCAAUCCAUUAGGCUUGGGCUCAAAUACAAAUACAAAUCCUUUGACAAAUGUCCUGAACUUGGGCGGAAAUAAUAACAAUAAUAAUGCCAACAGACCUUCAACUGGUGGAAACAGAAAUAAUCCGAAUAAUCGCGACAGGCCCCAAUCACCAUCAGGCAUCGGAGGAUGGUUGGGUUGAUGAGAAGAAACAAUUAUUUUUAUUCAAAUAUUGGAGAAAUAAAUUUUUAAUUUUAGCAUA